UUCAUCCUGGCCAACGCGCAGGUCCGCCGCGGCUUCCCCCUCGUCUACUGCUCCGACGGCUUCUGCGCCCUCACCGGCUUUGCCCGCACCGAGGUCAUGCAGAAAAACUGCAGCUGCCGCUUCCUCUACGGGGCUGAGACCAGCGAGCCCGUCCUGCAGCGCAUCGAGAAGGUGCUGGAUGGAAGGCAGGAGUACCAGACCGAGGUCUGCUUCUACAAGAAGGGUGGAACCGCGUUCUGGUGCCUGCUGGACAUCAUGCCCAUCAAGAACGAGAAGGGGGAGGUGGUGCUCUUCCUCUUCUCCUUCAAGGACAUCACAGAGAGCCGGGGCAGGAGCCACCCGAAGAAGCAGAGGAGCAAGAAGCCCGGGACCUCACACCUGCGGGCAGCGCGGAGGCAGGGCCGGACGGUGCUGCACCGGCUCAGUAGCCAGUUUGCUCGGAGGGACCGCAGCGAGAUGAAAAUCAACCGUAACGUGUUUGAGAACAAGCCGUCCAUCCCCGAGUACAAAGUGGCCUCGGUGCAGAAGUCCCGCUUCAUCCUGCUCCACUACAGCAUCUUCAAGGCCCUCUGGGACUGGCUCAUCCUGUUGGCCACCUUCUACGUGGCCAUCACCGUCCCCUACAACGUCUGCUUCACAGGCACAGAGGACAGCCUCUCGGCUGCCCGCAGCACCAUCGUCAGCGACAUCGCUGUGGAGAUGCUCUUCAUCCUUGACAUCAUCCUGAAUUUCCGGACGACGUACGUCAGCCAGUCGGGCCAGGUGGUGUACGAUCCCCGCUCCAUCUGCAUCCAUUACGUGGCCACCUGGUUCUUCGUGGAUCUGAUCGCCGCUCUGCCCUUUGAUCUGCUCUACGUCUUCAACGUGACCGUGACCUCGCUGGUUCACCUGCUGAAGACGGUGCGGCUGCUGCGGCUGCUGCGGCUGCUGCAGAAGCUGGACCGCUACUCGCAGUACAGCGCCAUGGUGCUCACCCUGCUCAUGUCCAUGUUUGCCCUGCUGGCCCACUGGAUGGCAUGCAUCUGGUACGUCAUCGGCCGCAAGGAGAUGGAGAGCAACGACCCCCAGACCUGGGACAUCGGCUGGCUGCCCGAGCUGGGCAAGAGGCUGGAGGCUCCCUACAUCAACAACUCGGUGGGGGGCCCCUCCAUCCGCAGCGCCUACAUCGCCUCCCUCUACUUCACCCUCAGCAGCCUGACCAGCGUGGGCUUCGGCAACGUCUGCGCCAACACCGACGCCGAGAAGAUCUUCUCCAUCUGCACCAUGCUCAUCGGGGCGCUGAUGCACGCCGUCGUCUUCGGCAACGUCACGGCCAUCAUCCAGCGCAUGUACUCCCGCCGUUCACUCUACCACACCCGCAUGAAGGACCUCAAGGACUUCAUCCGCGUCCACCGCCUGCCCCAGCAGCUCAAGCAGAGGAUGCUGGAGUACUUCCAGACCACCUGGUCAGUGAACAACGGCAUCGAUGCUAACGAGCUGCUCCAUGACUUCCCCGAUGAGCUGCGUGCAGACGUGGCCAUGCACCUCAACAAGGAGAUCCUGCAGCUGCCCGUCUUUGAGACGGCCAACCGCUCCCUCUCCCUCCACAUCAAGACCUCGUUCUGUGCCCCGGGCGAGUACCUGCUGCGCCAGGGCGACGCGCUGCAGGCCAACUACUUCGUCUGCUCCGGCUCCCUCGAGGUGCUGAAGGACAACGUGGUCCUGGCCAUCCUGGGCAAAGGGGAUUUGAUCGGAGCCGACCUGUGCAGCACGGACCAAGUGAUCAAGACCAACGCGGACGUGAAGGCGCUGACCUACUGUGACCUGCAGUACAUCGGGCUGCGGGGGCUCUGCGAGGUGCUGCAACUCUACCCCGAGUACGCCAGCAAGUUCACGGCGGACAUCCACCAGGACCUGACCUUCAACCUGCGGGAGGGCAGCGAGAUGGAGGGGCUCUGCCGCUACUCCCGGUCCCCACGGCUGUCGCAGGCAUCGCAGCGGCCGGCCAACCCCCUCAUCCCCCCCCUGCACGCCUACGGCCCCCCGGACCUCAGCCCCAGAGUUGUGGACGGGAUUGAAGACAACGGGGGGACAUCAGAGCCACAAACCUUCUGCUUCAAUGUGGACCCCCCACUUCAGAGCGCAGCGAGGGACUCCCCCACGUCAGAACAGUAG